AUGCCUGUAGCCAAUGCGAACGCCCUGGCUGAGAAUAGGGCAGCCGCAAAGCGUCAGGCAGUCAUCACUGUAUCUGUUGUGACGUUCAUCUUCAUCCUGUGGCCAGAGCGGUAUAUCAUAUGGAGAAAUCUAUGUCUGGUCCCUGUGUUGGCCUGGCUGACCUCGCUGGUGUUUGAUCUGAAGCACGGGGCGCUGGACGCAUGGGAUGGAGUCCCAGCCUGGCUCAAGAGAAUUAUCGGUGCAGAUGAUAACAGCACCUACACCAACAGCAGCGGAUCUUCCCGUACGGGAGCUCGACAACCACAGAGCCAGGCCACAGCAAUCCUGGACUAUGUGCUCAUGCGCCUUGUCCGCACGGCUUUUUGGAUCAAAUGCGAGGCGGUGCGGCUCUGGGAAGUGACUGGGCCUCUCAUGGUUGAAUGGAUUAACCAAGCCAUCCAUUUGCUCAUCUCUCAAGUAUCAGCAAGCCAGACUUCAUCAUCGGCCGGGGCUGAGAAACCAGCUCCAAAAUUCACACAAUAUUAUGGCAUCUUGCUCAAGACUUACCGUGGCCCCGACUCCCCCUUUAGGAUGCGAGAUGCCCCAAACAAGUUCAUUCCUGGCGAGAGCAAGGAUGUGUCCGCUGUUCCUUCAGUGUUCGGCUCCUGGGAUGCCGAUUCUCGUCUGGCGCUCUGCCUGGUUGAGAAGGCGAUUUGGGAUAAUCGGAAUCUAACGCUGAGGAGCAAAAUAGCGACUGGGACUUACUGGACCAUGACGGCCCAAGGACGCGGAUACGCUCGCCCGGGCCUGGACAAUUAUGACCUUGGAAGGAUUAUCGCCAUCGACGUGAUUGGACUCGGAGACGGGCAGUAUGACGCUCUGAAGAAAUGCCACGAGUGUUUUCGGCCACUUUGCCAGGGCUGGAAGUACAUGAGGAUGCACUGGGAAGAUGUUGACUUUGCCGUCAUCUUCGCCUUCUUGGUCAUGGGUCCAGCCUUACGCACAAGAUGUGUACAGGUUUAUCGAGCGCUCUGCAAGCUUAGGUCGGAGCAGGCUGAAGGUUCACGACGAGGUGCUCCCAAUAUAGAUCCUCUGCUGAUUGCGGCAGCGACUGGAGGAUUGGCAGUACCGUUUGUGUUACCGCUGAUGGCAAGUGGCCUCGUUGCCGCUGCUGUGACGAAGAACCGCAAUGGCGACAUGCCGGAGCAGAGGAGAAAGGCGUACCGAAGUCUGAUGACUCGAUUCCCAGAGGUCAAGAUGCUCUUUGAGGAUGAGGAGGAGGAACAGAGGGAAGAGCAAGAAUAUAGUGGUAGUAGUAUGGACGAUGAUGACGACGAGUGGAAGGAUGAGGGAGACGAUUACUAUAACGAUGCCUUGAGCCCAUUUGACUGGUAG